GCGGCCAAGCUCGCGCCAGCGGCUUAGUGUUGCGCCUAGGCACGUCUAGGUCGCAGCGGUGACUCUCCAAGGCCCUCAGCAGCGCUGCGGCAGAGCAGCUUUGCAAGCCAUCCGAUAGAAUUCAAAUAAGUACGAGUUGGCUCUCCCGGGCAGGGUUUCACACCGUGAAUGGUCUUUGCCACUGAAACCGCGCCCGCCGCGAGCAUCUAUGCAACCAGAACCGCAGUGAGGGCAGCGCUGGCCGGCAUGCAGCCCUCCGAGGCCGACGCGGGCGACGCGGGCGACGCCGUGCUCGUCACCGUCCACAACCUGUCGUUCGAGACGAAGCGCGACGGGCUCGCGGAGCAUCUCGGGGUCGCGGAGCACCGCGUCGAGGUCCUCAUGCGGCCCGACGGCAGGAGUAGCGGCCGCGCGCGCGUCUGUUUCCCGUCGCGCGCCGAGGCCGAGGCCGUCAUCGAAAAGGUGCACCAAACCGACCUCGACGGCCGGACGAUUUCGCUGUCGGUGAAGCGGGACAGCACCGCGGCCGGCGAGACGAUCGUGACGCUCCGCAACCUGCCGCCCACGACGAAGACCGGCGACGUAACGAAACACGUCAAGCGGGUCACCGAGCGCGGCUCGGUCGGCCGCAUCAUUCUCUAUAAAAAGGGCGCUUUGUCGGCGGACGUGGCGUUCAAGUCGCUCGCCGAGGCCGAGGCCGCCGCGCGGAAGCUGGACGGCACCGAGCUCGCCGGCCGGACGCUGUCGGCGCGCGUGUCGCCGCGGAAGCCGCGAAGCGUGUCGCCGCGGCCCGCCACGCCGCCGGCGCCGCCGUCGUCCAACGGGUCGCCCCGGGCCGGCGCGCGGUCGCGCGAGGCCGUCGUGGCGGCGUUGAGUGCUUGGGUCGCGGCGCGGCGGCCGGACCGCACCCACUCACGCAACCUCGACGCCUUCUACAAAGAGCACCCGCACCUGGGACGAAAGCCCAAGGGCUCCGCGUGGCUCACUCCGGACCUCCUCGCCGCGCAGGGCCUCCAGCAGCGCCCGGACGUCAACGGCGGCUUCUUCCUCGAGGAGCUCGACGACGACGCCGCGGCCGCGUGGGCGCCGAUCGGAGCGCCCGCCUCGGACGGCGCCGCGGCGAUCCUGGCGCUCGUCGCGCGCGCCGACGCGCUCCGGCCGCGGCUCGAGCGCCGAGACGAGGACAUCCGGGCCCGGGUCCAGAGCGUCUUACAGAAAGCCGUUUCCUUCCGAAGGUGCGCCGUCGGCGUCUUCGGGAGUGCCGCGUCGGGCCUGCGGACGUCCGACACGGCCGACCUGGACCUUUGUGUCCUCGACCCGGCGAUCGAGAAGAAGGCCUCGGCGUAUCGGGCGUUGCUAAGCGAGGCCCGCGAGCUCGAUGCUGAUGGCGAGUUAUUUGAGCGAGGCACGCGCCUCAAGAAGGCGCGGCGGGCGCUCGACGUCGCGAUGCGAGAGAAGGAGCGCGAGGCCCAAAUGGUCGUCGAGAUGACGGCCGCCGGCAAUACGAUAGAGAAGGUGCAAAAACACGAGGACAAGUGGCGGUCGGUCUGCGAGGAGAUCCCGAAAUUGGAGGAGGUGGUACGGGAACUCGAGGAAGCAAAUACUUCAAUCAUAGAUAGAGUGAUGGAAUUACGAGAACAGGCCGACGACAAGAAGUUCAAGAACGCGGGCUGCGUCUACCCUAUGAAAAGUGCGCUUGAGCGCGCUAGAGGCUUCGGCGACUUUAAGGUCGUGAGGCACGCGCGCGUACCUCUGGUCAAGUGCGUUUAUAACCCCAACGAGAGGGGGUUCUCAGAGAUUGCCCUAGACAUCGUGCCGGGCAACGCCGUCGCCCACGCCAAUUCUCGACUGCUCAAAGCGUAUGGCGACAAGGCGCCGGCGUUCCGAGCUCUAGUAUUGGUAGUGAAGUCCUGGGCGAAGUCGAGGGGUUUGAACGACGCUUCCGAGGGCUACCUGUCGUCCUACGCCCAUGCUCUGACGUGUUUGCAUUUCUGUCUCGUCAAGGGUCUCUGGCCGCGGGAUUUUCAUGAUGCUCCAGUUAAUAUGGUGGAGGAUAUAGAUGUCUCGUGGCAGGAGGUCGGCUGGUCGCCGCCGAAGCAGCCUUCGUUCGAAUUAGUGAGGAGCUAUUUUGAGUAUAUGAAUAGUGUCAUCCACGACGACGGCGCGUAUUGCCUAUGUUGUAGGGCAAGGCCGACGGCUUCGAGGAAUGAUGGAGAUAGGGGCGCGUAUUUGAUCUCAAAAGACCGCUGGACCUUCAAGAACGAGGACAGUCGCAGGCAGUGCCUCGGGCGCCUGUCCGUCGAGGACCCCUUCCGCACGUUCGACUCGCGGGGGCCGCACGACCCGGCCGCGACGCUGGAAAGAGGUGGUUUGGAGAAGCUGAAGGCGGGCUAUACCGCGGCUGUCGCUUUACUUGGCGACGACUCGAAGGACGAGCGGCAGCGCGUCGCCGAACUCGCUGCUGUAGACCUCGACGAAAGGUCGAUGUGGGCCGCGCGCAAGGAGGCCAACAUCGCGGCGAUGGCGGCCGGGCGGGCGCCGCCGCCGCCGCCGCCGCCGCGGCGCUCGCGGCGAGCCGGUCGGUGA